AUGAUAAUCAGUCGCUGUGAAACGAAGGAAAAUGGAUUGGUUGUAAAUCGCCUCAAGUUGCCUUUCGGUAAAACAAGUUUAGAAAUUUCAAGUUUGCCGGCAAUGCAGGUGCAGGAAGAGCACAUCGUCUUAGAGAACAAUAUAUAUCAAAAUUGUCGUCCUGGAUUUAUGGUAGUCGCACCACGUUUCCCCGCACAAGUAGAUGAGCAUGAUCGUCGGAGUAUCGUCGUCUCGGGAGAUUUUCCGAUCAGCGCUCCCUCUGGCAUCAAACAACUCGUGGUAGGAGGUAAUUACUCCGGCAUUGUGCUCCUUUCAGUGCCGACGCUGAGCUUUCGGCAUUCUGGCGCCAAACUCUCCACCAGUCAGGACGCGAAAGAGGGAUGGGCCGACUGUUCGAUGAAGAUUUCCAAAUUAAAUGGUACGAGGGGUAGUUAUGCUCGAUAUGCAAGCGCCAUGGAAGAGACGAUGAUGAGAAAGUAUUGUGUCCGGCUUCACCAGGUAGUUGAAGUCAGAAAUCUCCCCUCCAAGAUGGAGACUGAACAUGAAUCUGCUGAAUCUCACCAAUCGGACCACACAUAA